AUGAGUCGCCAAAACGGGAACGAUCCAAAACACUUGAAGCUGAAUUUAUCGCCACCAAGGGCAAAUCCGCGAGUCCAAUGGCUGAGUCAAUCGCCAUCGGUGUCACCAACAUCACCCCCAAGUUCAUGCAUGUCAUCGGAGCUCAACCAAAACAAGACCCUCCGUUUCUCCAACAGCCCUGACGCAACCUCCAUGAUGCUGGUUGGCUGCCCUCGCUGCCUCAUGUAUGUCAUGCAUGUCGAGGAGAACCCAAGAUGCCCAAAAUGCAAGAGCACCGUUUUGCUUGACGUCCUCCAUGACAAUGCCGCCUCCACCUCCACCUCUGCCGCCGCCGCCGCCGCCACCACCAAGAAAAGUUAA